AUGUCAUCAAAGGGUUAUUUAAUGAUGGAUGAGAAGAAGAUGAAGAGGAUGCUAUCGAACCGGGAAUCUGCAAGGAGGUCUAGAAUGAAGAAAGAAAAACACAUGAAGGAUCUAAAUGAGCAAAUCUUUUAUUUUACGAAAAAGAGAGACGAAAUGGUUCUGAAAAUAGAAGGGCUUGUGAAAGGGCAUUCUGCCUUGGAAAUGGAGAACAUAGUUUUGAGAACACAGAAACAAGAAUUGGCCAAGAGAUUAGACUAUGCAAAGACUGUUUAUGGUUGGUAUGAGUGUGAUGGUGUGUCAGGGUCACCGAUCGGAGUUGUUCAAGAGCCAUGGCUAAGGCCAUUUGAGCAACAACAGCCUUCUAACUCGAUGCCUAGAUUCAUGGGUUUCAUUUCAUCAAAAUAA